AUGAUGGAUCAAUAAAUUACAGUAUUUAAUGUGUUCUUUGGAAAGGUGGAUUUUAUGAGAAGUUUUACGUUUUAUAGAAAAUUGAAACAUGAAAAAAAAACAAUGUUAGUGGCACUUUGGAGGAGAGUCUUUUUGGCAACCUACUUUAUUGGAAUCAUGAGGUCAUUUCAAAAUAGAGUGAAAAUUUUCGGGGCCAUUAGAUAGGAUGAUCAUAUGAAUAUGAUUGAAGAUGAAGUUUUUAAAUCAAACUAAGAGGAGAAGAAAACUUACAUGUUUUAUCCUGAUGAGUAGUUUAAAACCUUCUGGAAUUUGCUCUUAAUAUUUUUAUUGUUAGCUACAGCUGUCAUCACUCCAUUCAAAAUUGAUUCAGGCAACGAUGGGUUUUGGUUUUGGAUUGAUAUAAUAUUUGAUGUAUUAUUUUUCGCAGAUAUUGUAAUAAAUUUUCUAAGUGCAUUUUUUGAUGAAGAAUAUAGAAUCAUUGAUGAUUAUUAUCUGAUAGCAAAAUAAUAUAUAACAGGGUGGUUUGUAAUUGAUUUUAUUGCAGUCUUACCAAUCACAUAUUUUUUGGAUGACAACACAGAUGCUCCAGCCUUAAGAUAUAAUAAAUUAUUAAGAUUAAUUAGGUUGCCAAGAUUGUAUCGUCUCGCUAGAUUAUUAAAAAUAUCAAAGACUAAUCUCAAUAUUAAGAAUAAAACUCAAACAGCCAGGAUCUUAUCAUAUUUCGGAAUAAAUGAAGGAAUAAUCAAAGGUUUGAUCUUGCUAGGGAAAAUCUUACUAAUAAAUCACUUGGUUGCCUGCUUUUGGUACUUUGUAGCCAAAUUUAAUGAUUUUGAAGGUGACACUUGGGUUGCUUAAUCUAAUUUGAAGGAAGCAUCACUAUAUAACUAAUAUAUUGCCUCUUUUGAAUGGAGCUUAUAAACUUUAACUACAGUUGGUUAUGGAGACAUUAGGGCAACAACAACUGAAGAAAGGAUAUUUGCUAUAAUUUGGAUGAUUUUUGGGACUGGUUUCUUCUCAUACACAUUAGGAAAGUUGUCUUCUAUUUUGGAGAAUGUUGACAAAAAAUGGGUUGAUUUUGAGAGGAGAAUGCAUUUAUUCAAUGAUUUUUCUGUUCGAGUCAAAUUGCCAUAUGCAUUAAAAUGCAAAGUACAUAAAUAUUAUCGAAACAAUUAUUUAAAGAAUGUUUAUACAUCAUUAGAUCCAAAAAAAUUGAUUCAAGAAUUGCCAUCCUAGUUACGUAAUGAAUUGUUGAUGAUUUGUUACAAAUAUUUGAUAGAAAGUGUAACCUUAUUGAAGAUAGAUAAUAAUUUUACAGCUACAAUUUUGUUGCAUCUUAACUUUCUCGAAGUUCAUCCUGGAGAGAUUAUAUAUAGAGAGGAUGAUCCACCAACAGAUAUUUAUUUCAUAGAGAAAGGAAAAGUAAAUUUUGUUACUCAUGACAAAUAUACUUUAAUAACAUUAUUAGAAGCUUCAUUUUUUGGUGAGAUUGAAGCUUUCGAAGAUAUCAACAGAGAAUAUUUUGCUAUAGCUAAAGAACCUACCAAUUUAUUCUUUUGUUCUUAUGAAAAUUUUCGAAGUUUACUAAAGGAAUUUCCAUCAGUGGCAUCGGAAGUUAAGUUAAUAUAUGAUAAAAGGAAAUAAAAAUACAAAACUUGUCUCUAUAUGAUUGAAUUGCAGAGGAAGAGAAACUCUAGCUCAGAAUCUAAAGAAGAAUUAUAAAAUAGUACUUAGUAUUAUCUUGGCUUGAUUGCACAAUAUGAAGAAGAACAAAAUAGAUUAAAUUACAAUAAAGGAUUAAUUUCAAAAAAAAGCAAGAGCGUUCUAGACCAAUUUUCUUUCAAAAAGAAACAAUAAAAAAUGUCAGUAUUUUAAACACUUAAGUGA